CUUCUAGCUCCCUCAAUGCGAAUAUCUAUCUGUUUCUCCUGUUAAAACUCGACCGCCUUUUUCAGCUUUUCAAACCGACUCUGGGAUCGCUCACUCGUUUCUUAAUGGCGGUAAAACCCUGAAAGCCCUAACCGUUUUUUCAGCUUUUAUGUGAAUGAGGAGCAUUAAGCACUUGCCAAGGGCUGUUCAUAGCUCCCUGCGUUCAAGUGUUGUUCUGUUUGACUUUACAAGAGUUGUCGAGGAGCUGAUAUUUAAUAGUUUGGAUGCAGGUGCUACCAAGGUAUAUGUUUCCAUCAACAUUGGAGCAUGCUAUGUUAAAGUUGAGGAUGAUGGAUGCGGUAUUUCACGUGAUGGAUUGGUUCUCUUGGGGGAAAAAUAUGCAACUUCAAAACUUCAGUUCUUGGAUGAGAUGGAUGCUGGUAUUGAAAGCUUGGGUUUUAGGGGAGUGGCAUUGGGUUCCCUUUCUGAUGUUUCUUUGUUAGAAAUCAUAACCAAAGCUCGCGGGAGGUCGAAUGGGUACCGCAAAAUCAUUAAGGGAUGCAAAUGUUUAUUUCUUGGAAUCGAUGAUCAUAGACAAGACGUUGGCACCACAGUCAUUGUUCGUGAUUUAUUUUACAACCAACCGGUUAGAAGGAGAUGCAUGCAAUCCAGCCCCAAGAAGGUAUUGCAUUUGGUGAAGAAAUGUGUACUUCGAACUGCACUUGUUUGCCCACAAGUUUCUUUCAAAGUCAUCGAUGUUGAGAAUGAGAAUGAGUUGCUUUGCACGAUUCCUUCCUUGUCGCCUUUGCCACUAUUGACUAGCUGGUUUGGGAAUGAGGUGUCUAGUUCUCUACAUGAAGUAAAUUUUUCUGAGGGAGUAUUGAAGCUCUCUGGGUAUUUAUCUGGUCAUUCUGAUACUUUCUCCACAAAGACCUUCCAAUAUGUCUAUAUCAAUUCACGCUUUGUUUGCAAGGGGCCAAUUCAUAAAAUGAUUAAUAAUAUGGCUGCUAGUUCCGAGUGCUCUCUGGCUCUGUGGAAGGGUGAAUCUGAAUUGCAAAACAGAAGGAGACACAAGAUGCAAGCAUAUAUAGCAUAUAUGCUUAACCUUUGUUGCCCUCAAUCUAGCUAUGAUCUGACUUUUGAGCCAUCGAAGACAAUAGUAGAGUUCAAGGAUUGGCCGCCUAUACUGUCCUUUAUUGAGCAAGCUGUUAGGCACUUCUGGAGACGAAUUCCAUCUCACUUUUUGCAAGGAGAACCCCAUGAUCGUAAAAAUGGUGUACCGGCAAAAGGUGAAAUGUGGAAGGAGGAUGAAAACCCUGCAUCUCUGUUUCAAGAUCCAUUCAGUGCUGAUUUGUCCAGGAACUCAGAUAUUAAUAAAAAGAAAGGCAAGAUCCAACAUCAUCAAACAUCUGUGAAUCUUAACCCAUCUACCAGUUCCUUAAAGAUGUCAUCCCCAGAGGUUGACUUGUUUUCCCAUCUAAAGAGCAGUAAAAGGCCAUCUAGAAAAUCACACAUGAUGUCAUCACCAGAGGUUGACUUGUUCUCCCAUCAAAAGAACUGUAAAAGAUCAUCUAGAGAAUCACAUGCAAAUGCUGCGGAGCAUAAAGAAUGCCAAAGGAAGGCUGGAUUUAUUCAUCAGACUGAGUACUCUUUCCAAGACACAACUCCUGCAGCAUGGGAUGUUUAUGGUACCAAAUGUAGUCAAAUGGUUGCUCCAAUAAGUAGCAUUCCUCUUACAGGUGACAUUGAUUUUUUCCCUGUGGAAGAUCAUUUCUUGUCAGAGGGAUACGUGAUGAGACAUGCUACUGAGGAUAAUGAAGAAGAUGACAUUUUAGGUUCGAGAUGGAGGAAUGGGUCUCUGGAAGUUGAUGGAAACUUGAGGGAGGGAUCAACAGGGAGCAUAGUGACAAUCAAUCAAUUUGACUACAAAGAUGAUGCAGGAAAUGUUCCAUUUCCUUUUCACCAAUCCAAGAGGAUAAAAAAGGAUUUAAUUGGAAACUCGCAAUCAGCAUUGUUCUCUAAUGACAGGGGUUUUGAAAUCAACUUUGAUGACUUCAGGACCGAGAAACAACAGCUUUCUGCUGCUGAUACUAUUGAUGCUGUGGAAACUCAUCACAGUAACAGUAUUUCAGACUUCUUUACAAAGAAUCCGUGGCAGGACAAAUUAGCAGCUUCUCACCUUUCUCGCGUCAUGAGAAAAUGCCAGAGAAGUACAGAGUUAAAUGUACAGUCAAGUGAUUUCACAGAUUCUCGUGCUUGUGAUAUACCAUGCUUUGCUGAGGAAAAUGACCUUCGGAAAAGUUUACUUGCAGAAGUUGGGGAAAGAGGCUCUGAUUGUCAGUCUACAAACUCUGAAUGGUGUUUUCUAUCUUCAUCUUCUGGCCCUGAUACUUCUCUUUGGAAGGUUGAAGAUUUUUCAGACGGAUAUGCCAUUAAAGGGAAUUUUACGUCUCGAAAAACUGUUAGGUCUGGACAUUUUAGGGACCCUGAAAUGAAAGAUAAUUUCUUCAGUCAUUACACUCUGCCGAAUAGUCCCAAUGAAGAGGAUCACCCCACCUCAAGUUGUAUCAAAACCGAAUUAGAUUAUAAGAAAUGCUUCAGUCAUGGGAGGAAUGUGCAUAAAUUUCUGCGCAACGGAUGCCACUCAGAUGACAUCAUCUUUAGAGAAGUUGGCUCUUCUGACGAGUUAAAUAAUGAAAAAGAUUGGUUAUGUAUGGACUUGUCUAACACGCACACAAUGAAUAAUUAUGCCAUAACUUCAUGCUGCAUUCUCUCACCUAACUACGGUAAGAUGGGCAAGAGUCAGAGGGAUAAACUGGAAAUCCAAAAUGGUGGAGAGUUUCACAUUCCCAAGGUAAGAUCAAGGAGAAGUUGUUCGGCUCCACCAUUUUAUAAAGGCAAGAGCAAGUUCUCCCUCUUGUAUAACCAUUUAAACACUGCACCUGGAAGAGAACCUAAUGCACAAUUGUUCCACGAUGCCCCUACUUUACCAGUGACUGUUUGUGAGUUUAAGGAUUCAUUACAGCCUUGUCUCAAGCCAAAUCUAGCGGACAAUUCUCGCACAUGCCCCAGAACAAGCUUGGAGGAGAAGUCAUACAAUACAGACAACCUGACCCGGAUGCAAGGAAGCAAAGGAUUCGAUAAAUCUCAAAGCAUUGAGCUUUACAAAACCAAUGCACUUGAAGAAUUUCUCUCCUCUGAUCUGGAAAAUUCAAAAGUUACUCUGACCAAGUGGCGCGAUGGUGGCCCACAUCCUACAGAUGGUGAUAAAUCAAGUAACUUGGCUGGUCAUGAGGAUGGAAUACUUGACAUUUCUUCUGGGCUUUUGCACCUUUCUGGUGGUUCCUUACAACCCGAAUCCAUCCAUAAAGAUUGCCUUCAAAGUGCGAAGGUUCUUCUACAGCUCGAUAAAAAAUUUAUUCCUGUUGUGGCUGGUGGUAUACUUGCUAUUAUUGAUCAGCAUGCUGCUGAUGAACGAAUACGUCUGGAAGAACUGCGGCGAAAGGUAUUAUCUGGUGAAGGGAAGACAGUUGUGCAUCUAGAUUCUGAACAGGAAUUGAUUCUACCUGAGAUUGGGUUCCAGUUACUGCAGACCUAUGCUGAGCAGAUAAGGAAUUGGGGUUGGAUCUGCAAUAUUCAUUCUCAGGGCUUAGGGUCCUUUUCAAAGAAUUUGAACCUUCUGCAUAGGCAGCCAUUUAUUGCAACUCUUGCUGCUGUACCUUGUAUAUUAGGGAUCAAUUUGUCUGACAAAGAUCUUGUAGAAUUUCUUCAGCAGCUUGCUGAGACAGAUGGAUCAUCAACUACUCCGCCUGCUGUUCUUCGAAUUCUCAACUUUAAAGCAUGCAGAGGAGCAAUUAUGUUUGGAGACUCCUUGUUGCCGUCAGAAUGUUCCCUCAUCGUUGAAGAGCUGAAGGAGACAUCGCUUUGUUUCCAGUGUGCUCAUGGGCGACCGACUACUGUCCCCAUUGUCAACUUGGAGGCCUUGCACAAGCAGUUGGCAAAGCUUGGUUUGCAAAAUGGGGGUUCUACUGAGCAGUGGCACGGGCUGCAACGACAUAGACCCACCCUCGAACGCGCAAAACGGCGGUUAAGUUCAGCCUGUAAUCAAUGAAGGCCUAAAUUGCAUUUGUAAAUAUGGUGUAUUGUUAGAUAUACUGGGCUUUUAUGCCUCACUCUAUUCAUUGUAAAUGUUUUUUUCUCAGAAUUCUUUGUAUGUUGGUAUCAAUUAAUAAGUAAUAAAACGCUGAAUGGCCCAUUCUUUCUUUUU